AUGAGGCCCGACCUGGCAAGCAUGCUGGAGAGACUCCGCCGCGAAGCGGACAUCCUGUUCUCGCUUCAGCACCCGAACAUUGUGAGGCUUUUCGACGUCGUGGAGACACCCGACUGCCUGUACUUGGUGAUGGAGCUGGUAGAGGGCGGCGACCUCUUCGAGCACAUCGCCAGACAUAGGAGGCUGGGCGAGCCGGAGGCGCGGUACGUGUUCCUCCAGCUCGUCGAGGCCCUGCACAUCCACUCCAAAGGAGUGGUGCACCGCGAUCUCAAGCCCGACAACAUCCUCGUGGAUAGGGCCAGCAGCUGCGAGGGCCGCCCGCACGUGAAGGUCUCGGACUUUGGGCACUCCAAGCUGAUCGACGACGGCUGGGCGGUGGCCGUCACGCAGGUGGGCACGCCGCAGUACUGGGCGCCCGAGGUCAGGGACCCCAGCAGGCGCGGACACGGCUACGACGAGAGGGUGGACCUGUGGAGCCUCGGAGUCGUGCUGUACGUCAUGCUGGAGGGGACCUACCCCUUCGAGAGCGACGCCCUCGACAAGGCCAAGGCCUCGUUGAUCCAGUUCGCGCGGGGCUGCAGCCGCCAGGCCAGGGAGCUCGCCCUCGGCCUGAUACAGGUGAGGCCCGAGGACCGCCUCGCCCUCGAGGCGUGCUCAAGGCACGCCUGGGUGCGGGAGGACUCGGGGCCCUUGGCCAAGCUGCUGCAGGUCCGAAAGGGCAGCGCGGCGGCGUGCGAGGCGGAGGAGCGCUUCCGCCUCGCUGGGGAGCCCGCCGACCUGGCCCAGCUGCGCGCGGACCUGCGGCAGUUCACGCUGACCCACAAGUCCGCGGCGGUGCCGACCAGGGCCGAGGUGGUGGUGACCUGGGCGGCCGACCUGGACGAGCCGCAGAGGGCUGGCGCGCGGGAGGAGCUGCGGAGGCUGCUCGCGUGGAACUGCCGCGGAGCUGCCGCCGCGCCCGAGGGCGGCGCCGGCUCUGUGGCCUCCGCGCCCGCGCCAGGCCCCGUGCACGGCCGCGCCAGCGCUGGCCGGCGGGCGGGCGAGAAGAGGAGGCUGCUGACGAGCACCGUGCGCGUGCGCCCGGACCUCGGCGCCGGACUCGAGCGGAGGGCUUCGCCGAGGAGCCGUGGCGUGCGGGUGCUCCAGGCGACGGGGCAGUACAACCUCGUGGCCGGCGACCUCAUUGUCAGCAUCAACCAAGUCAGCCUCGGCAGCCUGUCGGGCGAGGACCUGGAGAGGACCUUCGAGGCGAACCUCCGCGACGGUGCCGCACUGUCCUUCUGGCGCAGGGCUGGGUGA